UGUUUCGUAAAUAUUCUAUCAAUUUCUAUGGGCGUUAGAAAAGGAUUUUUUAAAAGUUUAGAAGCAUCUUUUCACUCCGCUCCUAUUUAAUCCGCCAUUUUGAAUCACAAUCGUAACUGCUUCGGUAAUUCCCGGUGUCACUUCGGAGAAGUUUAAAAGGUCAAAUUGGAACAAAAAUUAAAAAUAUCAACAUCGGACGAUCCAAAAUUUUACUAUUAAUUCAUUGUCCUAAAAGUCUAAAAGAAAUGCUUUGAUCUAAAUAUAAAACAUAAUUCUGUUUUGCUUCCAAAUCAACCAUGCCCACCAAGGGAAAGAGAAGCAAAGUUAAACAGAAAUCAAAAGGUGAAACAGACCAGGAUGAUUUUGUUGAGAAUCCUCAAUCCAGUAAGUUUGUUCAAAGAAUGGCUUCAAAAACGUUGAGUUCAGGUUGUGGGAAGCCAAGACGGAAAAAGGGUGAUAUGAGUGAUGGUGAGAUACCAGCUGAGACAAGUCAGUCAAGUUUAUGGCUUUCGAAAUCAAAGUUCUCAGCAGAAGAGCUUCUUGAUUGUGAUGACAAGAUGUUUGGUCGUUUAAUGAACGGAGAAGUUAGAAAUGACGUGUUUGAAUGUUUAACUUUGGAUGAAGUGAAAGAUUUAAAGUUGGUGUUUGAUUCAUUUGAUGCAAAAUGCACUGGAUCUGUUGAUGUUAUGGAUGUCCAAAGAAUUCUAAAUGCCCUAGGAUUCAAGAUAUCUGAAGAAUCUUUCAAACGAAUCACAGGAAAUCUUGAUCUGGAAAAUGGGAAAAUGGAUUUUAAUGACUUUUUGGAUAUCAUUAUUUCUAAACAAGGAAGUGACAGAGAUAUCCACUCCGAGAUAAUGCAAGGUUUUCAGUUCAUUGAUACUGAUAAAACUGGUAACAUCUCACUAGAUAACCUACGUAAUGUUUGUCGUGAGCAUCGUUUAAAACUGAGUGACCAGGAACUUAGAGAUAUGAUCGUGGAAGCUGAUCUUGAUGGUGAUGGUGAAGUGAGUGCUUCAGAAUUUUUGCAAAUUAUGCAAAAGACCAACCUAUUUUAGGCCGAACAACGUGGAAAAUCAAAGCACCUGUGAAAAUCGGACACUUCUGCUGUACGUGGGGUAAUUUUUUAUGGAGUGCGAACCACCGACUGUGGGAACUUGAAAGACAGAACGUGUAACUUGAGAUAUAUAAAUUUAUAAUCCUUAAUAGGAUAUUUGUGAGCGAUGCCAAAACAAUUUUCAAUCAUGUAAUUAUUAGCGUAAGCACAAAGGAGAAACAUCGCUAAUCAUUAAUUCGUGGUCGAAAUGGAUUGGGGUCCAGAUACCGCCCAAAUCUAUGUAUAAAACGCACGUCAUUUUAAAAACAGAAUAACUUUCACAUCGGCUAUCAGAUUAAUGCCAUUGUUACCUAAGACAAGUAAUGCUCGUGGCAAGCACGGCCGUAUUCAGUCCUGUUUCCAGCAUUUUCUCUUAUGAGCGUAAGUGAAAUUGUUGUCCCGCGUUGACAACGAUGAAAAACACAUUAACGAAACAUUAGCGCCAAACACAUCCAUUUGGUAGCAUUAAAUUAAUCUCCAGAUAAUGAGUUUUUUUCAUGUAUUGUUUAAUCUCGAAAACGAACGACGCCUGAUCAAAUUGUACAUGUGUAGAAUAUGAUCUAACAACAAAUA